AUUCUUUUGUUAUCACGAAACUUUCGAAAAUAAAAUGUAAAGAACAAAGCUUAUAUUUUCUUACCUGCAACAUAAGUUUUUUCAUAUCAUGAUGCCCGUGCUCCACAAAAAUAAGACCUGCAGCAGCUCCAUGGCACCCAUUGCAUCCUCCAGUACUCCUAAUAUUGGAACGACUUUGUGAUUUACAAAUAAUUGUAUGAGUAUGAAUUCCACAGAAUCGAUAAUAACAGCAGCUGAGAACACCAGGGAGAGCAUUGAUCAUGCGGGGGACAGGGAUGAGGACGAGGACGAAGAAGAAAUAGACAAAGAAUUGGAAAAGGUUGCAGCCACUUUCGUUCUUCAACCAUCUUCAAUUCAACCAGAAGCAACGCAGAAUGUCAAUGAUAUUUACCCUCAGAGAGAAUCACUUCUAACUUUCCAGUUUCCCGGCUGGGGAAUCGACAUAUGCAAAGGCGCCGCUAUUAGCAGGCACGUCGGAAAUACGGCCGAUUGCCCUUCUUCCUCUCUGAAAUCUGCCAAGAAAUGUUUUGGAGCGGCGGACAAGCCCGGGAUUGGAACCUUCGUCUACAGGAUUCCAAAUGAAUUAUGGAUGCACAUUCUGAGGUUUUUGAAUGCCAAGGAGCUUUGCUCUCUCAGGCAGACCUGCUGCUGGUUUUAUUUUCUUGCUUCCCAUGAUGAUGCCUGGCAUGACACGCAUCAACAUGACCACAAAGUGGAGGAAGAGCGCCUACUUCAAUCUCCCUUACCCAGGUGGAUUAAAAUUAAGGGUAGCAUUUUGGAUUCCCAAAUAAAACAGAGGCUUUCUUAUUUUUCAAAAGGUUACGACUACCUAAGAUCAGCAUUAAAUUCAUGGUGGAAUGUUGGGGGACCAGAUUGGCAUUACAGCUCUAAGUCCUUGCAGUCUUUAAUUAACAAGAUGGCAGCUCGUGAAUGGCCUGUUGUAUAUGAUGCUUUUGCAGUGGUUUUCUCAGAGCGUGUUGACAUCCUUGCAAAUUAUCUUUUAACAGAGUUUGAAAGUGGAGCUGCAUGCAAUGUUGAUGCUCACCCCUUAAAGAAAGGCGGAUCUCCCCAGUGUUAUCAGUUGUGCAUGGAAGACAGGCAUUCUUCCACAAGGAAGUCUCUAUCAAGUACAGAGGAUGGUUUACUUGGCAAAGAGAUGUGGCAAUUUGUGCAAGAAUCAUGGGUGCGAUAUAAACGUUGGCUCAGUCUUGUCUCUACUCAUUGUCAAUAUUUAAACUAUCAAGUCACGCUUGAGAGAGCGAGGUCCUCGAUAUGGACUUCAACACCAACAGUUUAUGACAAAGGCAUCAUUUGUUUCAGGAACCAGAUUCUUCUGAGAUAUAGGAUUCGCAAUCAUCUCCAAUGUGGUCUGUCAUGGCUGAUUAGGCAGGAUGCACUAGACAUUGCAUCAGAAAAUGAUACAGACUUGCUAAAUGCCAUUCUUCACCUUUUACAGCUAACCGGAUGGAACUUUUUACACCUAUAUACACGAGAGAAUGCUUAUAAAAAAUAGAGGUGGUUUCCGCAAGUAGUACUUGAGCUAAGACAAUUUUAUUGAUGUCAGCAAAGUUUGGGGUGGGUGUCCAUAGACGGUUUGUCAUACCCAUACGGAUUGCUCAUAAAAGUUUGUGAUGAGUGUCCACAAACCAUUUGCCUGCGCUUAUACAAAUUGCUUCAACAAAAACGGAAAACUAAGGGAAGUUGAAAAGCUUGACACUAAAAACAUAAUUGAGGUGGAUGGCCUUUCAACUUGCAUCUUAUGUGGUCAGGAAAACCAAAUUAAAUUGUUCUACGUACAAAACUAAAUAUUUAAUUAACAAAACUAGUACAUUUUGGAUCAAUAUUCCUAAGAUAUUCUUCUAUAAGAUGGAAAGUCUAUCUUCAUUUGUAUUUCUUUGACUUGGUUUGAAUCCAAAAGCCUAGUCAAUAUGACUACUUGUUCAUUUGUGGGACAAAAAAUAGAAUCAACUAUUUGUGUUGUCAACA